UCGAAGAAAAAAAAAAAGCUGCCGUUGUUAUCUCCAGUUGAGUUAUUACCCCGAAGUAAUCAUCUCCGCAUUAAAUUAUUUCUGACAGUUUUACAGUUACAUUAGAUGGAGUUUAAAGAUAAAAGCUCGUUGUUUUGUUUGUGUUUGAGGAAUUAAAGCUCCGUUCUGAGAUAUUGUAAUGAGUUCAGCAGGAGACAGGCAGCACUCUUUCAGAAAGUCUUGGAGUCCUGGUCCUGGUCACUCACAGCUGUAUGAGGAUGUGAAAACAGAGUCUUUAGACGGCGGGACAGAUGUCUGUGUGAAGAAAGAGGAGACAUUGGAGCUGAACAUCUACAGCCAUGGCCAUGACAUCAACAACUUGCCUGAAGUUAUCGCCAUUAAAGAGGAAGAAACUGACACUGAAGAUUCGCUCUACUGUGAAGUUUGCAAAUCCUUCUUCUUCAACAAGUGUGAGGUUCAUGGACUGCCCCUCUUCAUCCCUGAUACUCCUGUUCCCAUGGGAGUCCCUGACCGAGCCAGACAAACUCUUCCUCCUGGGCUUGAGAUUCAAAAGUCUGGUAUUCCUGACGCAGGCCUGGGAGUGUUUAAUAAGGGGGAGACUGUUCCAGUAGGUGCACAUUUCGGACCCUACCAGGGAGAGGUGGUAGACCAAGAGGAAGCCAUGAACAGUGAAUACUCCUGGGUGAUAUACAAGAGCAGCCAGUGUGAAGAAUAUAUAGAUGCCAAGAAUGAGAUGUAUGCUAACUGGAUGAGGUAUGUGAACUGUGCUUAUAAUGAUGAAGAGCAGAAUCUUGUGGCAUUUCAGUAUCGAGGGGUGAUUCUGUAUCGUUGUUGUCGACCCAUCAACCCAGGACAGGAGCUCUUGAUGUGGUAUGAAGAGGAAUAUCCCAAAGAUCAGGGCCCUGCAUUUGAAUUCCUCUGGAAAAAAAAGUGCUCUGCAAAUGAACUAAACAACGCUUUGUUGCAAGUUGUCUCCUGCUCCUUCUGUACACUUUCCUAUACAUCUCAAAUUUACCUCGACAAACACAUGCGGAGAUGCCACUAUGAAGAGCAUGUGAGACUUCAUAAAUCAAGAGGGAUCAAGUAUGAGACUCAGAUGCCCGUGAAAUGCUCCGUUAAUCAGCAAGCGUCUGGUACUCUCAGUUCCAACAACUCUCACAAUGAACUGCAGAAGGAAUUCCACCACUGCUCAGAUUGUGGAAAGGGUUUUACUCAUCCAAGUUCUCUACAACGACACCAGCGUACUCACACAGGAGAGAAGCCAUAUAACUGCUCAGAAUGUGGAAAGAGUUUUACUGAACAGAGUGCACUACAGUUGCACCAGCGCAUCCACACAGGAGAAAAGCCAUAUCACUGCUCAGAGUGUGAAAAGAGUUUUAUUCACCCAAGUAAUCUCCGAAAACAUCAGCGCAUUCACACAGGAGAGAAGCCAUAUUACUGCUCACAGUGUGGGAAGAGUUUUACUCAACAGUGUAAUCUUCAACAACACCAACAUAUUCACACAGGAGAGAAACCAUAUCACUGCUCACAGUGUGGAAAGGGUUUUAAUCGCCGAAGUCAUCUUAAACUACACCAGAACAUUCACACAGAAGAGAAGCCAUAGCAAUGCUCACAGUGUGGCAAGAGUUAUAAUCACCAGAAUAGUCUUCGAAAACACCAGCAUAUUCAUGGAGAAGAGAAGCCGUAUGACUGUUUACAGUGUGGAAAGAGUUUUGAUGGACAGGAUCAUCUCCAAAAACACCAAUGCAUUCAUAUUAGCAUAAAGACACAUCACUGCUCAUAGUAGUUCACCUCCUCUUCCCAUUUGUAUUAUAAGUCAUUUGUAUACUGCCUAACCUGGUACUCUGUGGCCAAAAUAUGUGGACACCUGACCAUCACACCCAUAUGUGGGCCUUUCUAAACUGUUGUCACAAAGUUUAGAAGCACACUGGAACUAAUGGUCCCAAACCUGUUCCAGCAUGACAACUUGAGUGCCCUACACAGAGCCCUGACCUCAACUCCACUGAACACCUUUGGGAUGAAUUGGAACAUGUACCAAGCCUCCUCACUCUACAUAAGCCCUCCUUAGUCCAACCUCACUCAGAAGAAAGGUUGUUGGAGUUUGUUGACACCUACAGCAAGACAUCUGGCAGUUUAUUACAGUAAAGCUUAUUUCAUUUAUUCAGUUAGGCAUUAAACAAUUAUUUACAUUUUCCCUUAAUAUUUCAUUAAUAUUUAAUUUUUUUUUCCUCCAGUGGUUUUGCAGACAAGUUCAGUGUGAUAACUUUGUCAAAUUUCUAAUAUGUAAAGGUGUACUUUGCCAAUAAAGCAUGAUGUUGAG